GAGACGCACGUCUCCGGGAGACCGCUGCCCGGGAGAUGGAGGAGAGGGCGUCCAUUGGCAUCCCUGUGAAAUGUUGGAUCUAGAUUGACACACUUGUCCGAUACCAAGAUGACCUUCAGCAGUAAAGUUUCUUUGUCUCUGCUACUGGUGUCAGGACCUUCCAAGGACAAAAACACUUGAACCAUCUUUCGUCUCAAUAUCGUCUUUCAGGCUGGCAGGACAAGGAUGACUGGCCUUUCAUUUAGUGAGAACAGACAGCUAGGACUGUAUCAUGUGCUCCUCUUCCAUUAUCCUGAAGCAGCAUUCUAGGUCAUAUCUCAGGGUGAUUUUCUAGAGGGGAGCCAUAUCUGAAAAUGGUGGGAGAAAGAGCCAAGAGUUGGGCAUUUCAGAGACCUGGUGUCUAUACUCUUGCAAGGAACACUUACAGCUGCAUGCCUGGUUCUGAAUUUCUCUAUCUCUUGCCCCAGAAGAGGAAAUAGGCUUGUUUUCAUGUGAUUGACAAGCAGCGGAACUUGUGAAAGUGACACGGGUAUAGAAACGGCAACCCACAGAGCCUUUUCUCUCAGAUUGGUUGUAGCUACCAGCGUGAUCAGGACCCAGAGAAGUUUUACCCUGGAUAUGGAGCGAGAACCAAGGCGAAUAAGGGAAGGAUACUUGGUUAAGAAGGGUAGCAUGUUUAAUACCUGGAAGCCAAUGUGGGUAGUACUACUAGAAGAUGGAAUUGAAUUUUAUAAGAAGAAGAUUGACAACAGUCCCAAAGGAAUGAUCCCUCUAAAAGGAAGUUCUCUUACUUGCCCAUGUCAGGAUUUUGGUAAAAGGAUGUUUGUCUUCAAGCUCGCCACAGCCAAACAAGAACAUUUUUUCCAAGCUGCCUACCUUGAGGAGAGAGAUGCCUGGGUACGUGACAUAAAGAAGGCUAUUCAGUGCAUUGAGGGAGGCCAAAAGUUUGCCAGAAAGUCCACCAGAAGGUCCAUAAAACUGCCUGAAACCAUCAAUCUGAGUGCUCUGUAUCUUUCAAUGAAGGAUCCAGAAAAAGGAGUAAAAGAACUGAAGCUGGAAAAAGACAAAAAAGUGUUCAAUCACUGUUUUGCAGGCACAUCUGUGAUUGACUGGCUGGUAUCAAGCAACUCGAUCCGAAAUCGCAAAGAGGGUCUCAUGCUGGCCUCUUCCCUGUUAAAUGAAGGCUACCUGCACCCUGCUGGGGACACUUCCAAAGCUGCUGCUGAAGGAUUGUCAGACACUCCCUUUCUGGAUCUUCCUGAUGCCUAUUAUUACUUUCCAGACAGCGGGUUCUUCUGUGAAGGGAAUUCCAGUGAUGAGGAUGUGGUCCUGAAGGAAGAGUUCAGGGGCAUAGUGGUUAAACAGGGAUGUUUACUAAAGCAGGGGCAUCGGAGGAAAAACUGGAAAGUGAGAAAGUUUGUUUUAAGAGAGGAUCCUGCAUACCUGCACUACUAUGAUCCAGCUGGGGGAGAAGAUCCACUAGGAGCAAUUCACUUGAGGGGUUGUGUGGUGAGUGCAGUUGAAGACAUGCCAGAUGCCAAGAAGCAUGAAGCUGACAGUAACCUUUUUGAAAUCAUCACAGCAAACGAUGUGCACUAUUUCUUGCAAGCAGCCACCUCUACAGAGCGCACAGAGUGGAUCAAAGCAAUUCAGUUGGUUGCUAGGACCGGGAAGUAAAUAUUUGCUACCUGCAAAAUGCCUUCCACUCUCAACCUUCCAAGGGAUUUUGAGAUGUAAACCAGAGAAAGUGAUUUAAUCCGGACAUCUUCCAUGUUUCAGGGAUGUAUUUGGUAGCCGUGUUGGUCUGAGACAAAAAGAAAUGCAAAAAUCUAGAACUCUUGGUUCAGAAAUGAUACCUUUUAUUAGACCAACUGAGAAAUUGCAAAAAAAAAAUCUUUUUCUGCAGGCUUUCAUGGGACCUGGAGGGAUAGAUUUCCAGCUUCAGCUUCCUUUGUGCAAAAUUGAAGUUUAUUUCCUACAUAUGGAAACUCUUUACCAUCUUUAACUUUCCAUGAGCAUGUUGAAGGGCCUGUGAGCCUGAAAGUUUGCAGAAAAAGAUAAUUUUGUUGCAGUUUCUCAGUUGGUCUAACAAAAUGUAUCAUCUCUGAACCAAGAGUUCUAGAUUUUUGCAUUUCUUUUAAUCCAGGCAGGCUUCCUAAAGCCUGGAGUAAAACAGGCUGUUUAAUCUCUAUAGUGGAUGUUAAAACUAAUAAAUUCUCAGCACUUGUAUUCGGAAGAUUUUACUAAUUUAUAGCAUAGAAUAUACUUCACUAACUUGUGUUGCUUUUUUAUUAUUGGGCUAUCCUGCGAACACCUAGCUCAGCCUUCUGUUUCCAUUGAAGAGAAUGAGUGUUAUCAUUAAUGUAAUUAAGGGCCAGGAUCUUACCAUUGAUGUAAAUAAAAAUGACUCAGACAUUCUAAUGUCA